AUGCACGGUCUUUACUUCGCCCUCAGCGCCCUCCUCGCUUUCGCGACCGUCCAGGCCAAACCCCAGGGUGGCACCCCAUCCAACACGCCUACCGGUUACCACUGCCCUUCACAGGAUAUGGCUACCUUCCCAGUAGGCACAACCACCAACGACGGAACAACGAUGUUCUGCAGCUACCCCGCUUUCGCUGGAGAGGAUCCUAACGACUUUUAUUGCAAAUACUCUGCUACUACCGGUCAACGCACCCAAGACAACGACGCUGGUUUCUGUCCUAACACAGCUGUCGGCACUGGUGGUGCCCGCCGUCGUAGCGCUGUGCCAGCUGCUCCCGUAGUUGCUCGUGCACCCACUCCCGAAGACAUCAAGGCGAGGUCGAGCUUGAAGAGGCGCAUGCCAGCUGAAGAGGCUUAAGGCUCCCUUCUACCGUCACGCUGUUUCAUUCGUCGCUACGAGCCAUAAUUAUUGGAGUCCUUCGUCAUCCUACCACCUCUUGAACACUAUUGUUGCAGAUUUUGGACAUACUACUAGUCACCCACCUGCCAUUAUCCACCUUCAUUUUUUACUAGAUCUUUCUUUUGACCAACUAUCUACUGUCUUUACAUGUCCAUCGUCCCCGUAUGACUAUAUGAUAUACCUGUUCCUCUGC